GCGGGGUUGUGGCCGGGGGGGGCACGGGGACCCCCGGGGGAAAAGGGGACCGCAGUUGGGCUCAGAACCGGGACCGAGCGUAACCCCGGGGUGCUGCCGCGCUGCCCUCGGGGCGGAGCGGUUCCCUCCAGCCCCAGCCUUGCGGCCCCGCUGCCCCCGCUCCCCCACCCGGAGGAAUUUCCCUCCCGUCCCGCAGCUCCGCCCACCCCACUCGUGGGGGUGGACGCCUCGGGGGUUCUCGGCACCGCCUGCAGCUGCCAAACGGCCGAGCUCUCCACUCCCUGUGCCGCUGCCAUGUCCCGCAGCCCAUCAGCAGCCGAGGACCAGACCUUCCUCCUGGAGUACCGCUGCCACCCACUGAGAUCCGGGCCCCCUGCACCAACCUCCCCUCCAGGCAAGCGCAAUCCUGACUCCGCCAUGAGCUGCUUCCCCAUGGCUGAGCCACGCCGCAUCGUGCUGAGCACCGACAGCCCGGCUGCGCUGAAGGUGGGCACGCAGCAGCUGAUCCCCCGGAGCCUGGCGGUGUCCACCAAGACCAAGAACCCCACGCGGAACCCCAGCACUGGAUCCAUCCCUGAUGCUGCGUGCUUGGGGCAGAAGCGAACGUCCGUCCCCAGCGUCACACUGCAGGAGGACACGGAGGAGGAUGGAGGAGGGAUGCUCAAACGCAACCUGAGGAACAUGUCGUACCGUGCAGCCAUGAAGGGCACGGGCACGGAGAUGGAGCCUGUGAGCACCGUGCCUACUCUGAAACCACUGCUGGAGGAGGGGAGCGCUCCGCCUGCCCGCAGCCCUGGCAGAAGCAAGAAAAACCUCGGGCGGAAGCGGGUGCAGAAGCACGGCGGCUCAUUCAAGGACCAGCCACGGCUGUACCAGGAAAUCCGUGAGAGAGGGCUGAACUCAGUCAGCCAUGAGUCGGAUGAGGAUUUGCUGGAGGAGCCCAACCCUGAGGAGCCAUCCCUGCCUGGUGCUGCCAUCGUGGUGCGGAGCUAUCGGCCCGCACAGGUCACCUGGAGCCAGCUCCCAGAGGUGCUGGAGGCAGACUUGCUGAAGACCAUAAAGCCUGAGGAGCGCAAGAGGCAGGAGGCAAUGUUUGAGAUCAUCACAUCAGAGUUCUCCUACAUGCACAGCCUGAGUGUGCUGGUGGGCUGCUUCAAGAAGUCGGAGGAGCUGAAGGAGACCAUGACCCAGACGGAGCACCACCACCUCUUCUCCAACAUCAGUGACAUCCUGGCUGUCAGCACCAACUUCUUCCAAGCCCUAGAGAAGCGACACCAGGAGAACGUCCUCAUCCCCGACAUCAGUGACAUUGUGGAGGAGCACGCCUCCAAGCACUUCAACCCCUACAUCAGUUACUGCUCCAACGAAGUCUACCAGCAGAGGACACUGCAGAGGCUGCUAAACACAAACCCCUUAUUUAAAGAGGCCUUGAAACAAAUUGAAAGGAAACCAGAAUGUGGAGGGCUGCCACUGAUAUCAUUUCUCAUUCUCCCUAUGCAGAGAGUAACGCGGCUUCCUCUGCUGUUAGAUACAGUCUGUCAAAAAACACAAGCAUGCACUGCAGCGUAUGGAGCUGCCACCAGAGCUCUGAAAGCCAUCAGCAAGGUGAGGAGGGCUGCCUGCUCCCCAUCUCCUCUCUCCCAGCACUCUGUUUCACCACCCUGGUCCCAAGCCUGCCCUUCUGCCCUCUUAUUUUUCCUUCUUACAUCAGUUCACUUGACAUUCUCACUGCAAAUAGCUGUGGGAUGGUACACAUCUUUUCACUUGCCCAUUUUUUUUCACUUGAUGGUGUUUUUUCCUUCUCUUUGUCCUCUUUUCUUCAUUUCUCCUUGGCCCAUCCUUUGUCCUUCUCUCCACUGUAUCUUCCACUGGUGCUUUCCCAGCCUCAGAACUGCCAUGGAGGUGAGUGCACUACAGUUCUUACUUGUCUUAUUGGGGCCCUCACCAGCAACACUUGUGCCAUCCUUCCUUUCAUCUACCCAUUCUCCCUUGUGUUUUUCCAGCUGGUUAAGAACUGCAACGAAGGAGCUCGUGCGAUGGAGAGGACAGAGCAGCUGUACACUCUGCAGAAGCAGCUGGAGUUCGGGAAGAAGAAGGUUUUCUCCAUUGCAGCCUUUUCCCCUGAUCUCUGCCUCCCGCUGGCUGCUGAAACGGGGUGAGCUCUACCUGCUCUCCUCUGAGGAAGGAGGAAUCUUCCGUAAGGGCUCCGGCAGGGUCUGCCACCUCUUCCUCUUCAAUGACGUCCUGAUCAUCACCAAGAAGAAAAGUGAGGAGAGCUACACCGUCAUGAACUACGCCAUGCUGGACCAAAUCUCAGUGGAGAAGAUGGAGACCACAGAGCCUCCAUCCCCUCCUCCCGGCCGGCCAGGCGGGCACCUGCUGCGUGUGGCCAUGGAGAGGGACAGCGAGGGCCGGCGGGAGGAGGUGCUGCUGUCAGCAGAGACACUGAGUGACCGGGCACGCUGGGUCACCGCGCUGAUGCACCGGGAGCGAGAGCAGCCUGACAGCACUCCCCGUGGAGACCUGAGCCAAGUGGAGAUAACCCGUGCCUACAUGGCCAAGCAGGCAGAUGAGAUUUCCCUGCAGCAGGCUGAUGUGGUGCUGCUGCUGGGCGAGGAGGAUGGCUGGUGCUGGGGUGAGCGGCUGCGGGACGGCGAGCGGGGCUGGUUCCCCCAGGCCUGUGCUCGACCCAUCACCAGCCGUGUGGCCGUGGAGUGCAAUGUGCGGCGGAUGGAGCGGCUGCGGAUCGAGACGGAUGUGUAACAGCCAGGCCUGACCCCAUGGGAGCUCCAGAGCUCUGGAGCCUGAGCCCUGCCAGGAGGCAGCAGGAGAGCCAUUCUUCCUGGGUUUGUUGGGCAGGGACUGGUUGUGGCAGCAGUGUUGAUGGCCGUUAAUUGACACGGACCUGGCAUCCAGGUGCCUUUGGCCAAGCGUUAGGGCGUCCUGGCUCAGUGCAGAGCUGGCUUUCCCCUACAACUCAGCACCAAGGAGUGGUUGAGGGUCAGGGCAGGGAGUGGGGCUGUGACCGCUGAGCAACUCAGGUCUGUUUGGAAUGGAAGGAGUGCUGGAGGCAAUGGGAAUGCUCAGGGCAGCAUUGCUCUGAUGUCUCUGUUUGCAUCAAACUGCCAAAGGAUGAAGGAGACCAACAAUAAAUUCUCGGAUCCUAAUGAGACAAACGUCCUCCUUGCCCAAAGUGCAGCAGUGGGACCCCCACCAAGGAGCCAGGUGUUCCCACUGCUAACAGUCAGCAGGAAGCUCCAUCUGACAGCUGUCUUUGCUGCUGGGUUGUGAUGGAUGUGGCUCAGGAGCCAUCCUUCAGAAGAGCUGCAGUGACAUUCACAGGUAACUAACUGAAGAGACAAGGCAAAAAGAAGUUCAAUGAGGCUGUCUGUUUAUUUCUAUCAACUGUGGAAGAAUGAGAACUGUGCUAAAUGGGUGUUAAAUUAAAGGAGACAAGAGGCUAAGAGAGAGAGAAAUGCUACGUGAAAAGAAGCAGCAAGGUGUAUUAAGAGACAAAACCAGUAAAAAACAACCAUGAUCUGAACAA